AUGUUCAGCUCUUACCAACGUAUCAAUAAUAUAUCUGCAUUUGCAUCGUCAUGCUUAAUGACUUUACUGGUUGUCAUUUCGAUUGUUUCAUAUGCACAACUCUAUAUCAUUGGUGAACCCGAGGGAAGAAUAGAAGUCAAACCAAUGAAUGUCGUCAAAGCCAUUUCACGCCCGUACAGCAGGAAAGAACAGGAGGUUGCCUGGUUUCGCUUUGAUGUACAGGCUGACAUGAAUUCCCUAUUCACUUGGAACACAAAACAGCUGUUUGUGUAUAUCGUGGCCGAAUACACUAAUCAAAAAGGGUUUGCGAACGAAGUUGUAGUCUGGGAUCGUAUCGUCCGGAGGAAACGCGAUAGUAAACUGAAUAUUGAAACCGCUCGCGCGAAAUACCCUAUUCGUGACCCAUCCCUUAGCUUCAGGAACUCAACCAAUGUCAAUUUUACCCUACGAUACAACGUUAUGCCUUGGAUCGGGGCACUUACCUAUGGUACUGGUGCUAAAAUCAAUGAGCCUGUGCCGUUUGCCAAGGUUCAAAGCCGUGUGUAA